GAAUGUUUAGGAUCGGCCCGGAAAUUAAUAUUUUUACUUUGACUAUUGUGGAUGAAAAGAAAAAAGUUAUUCUCGCGCGUCGCUUCAGACUAAAGCUAACGAUCUUUCUCUCUCAACUGUCUUUCUCCCUUUUUCUCUUUCCAAAUCCUUGACUGACCUAAUCAAACGACGCUUUUCGUGAUGCAGGUAGCAGAAGAUUUCUACCACCUCCGAAAGGCGCCUGCAUGGUCGGCACCAUGCUGUAUACCUCGGGAAAACAGUUCUACGCGGAUCACUGCACACAUUGCACCUGCACCAAUUCAUCGGUCUCGUGCACGAAGGAGACCUGCCCAGUGCUGGAGUGUCCCAGGGAAUAUCAGACACACGGUCGCUGUUGCCCGCAAUGCCCGAUCAUCGAGGAGAGCAAAACCUCUUGCAUUUACAAUGGAAAAGUUCGCGAGGCAGGAUGGCGAAUCAUGGAAGCUUGAUUCCUGCAAGGCGUGCGCCUGCAAACAGGGCAAAGUGCGCUGCGCGAUGCCUAUGUGCCCGGUAAUAAACGAACCUUGCCCGCCGAACACGAAGCUGGAGCGUCCGAAGG